UACAAACAUCAUCUGCCUUCCUGUAGCUCUUACACUUUUCUACUACAUUAAUUCCUCUUGAUAUUCCACCUGCUGCUACGAUCAAUGGCUCUCAAAGCGUUCCUCCUCCUCUUCUUCGCUAUUCUCCUAGUUACUACAAUGGUUUCGUCUCAAGACGAUCCUGAAGAAGAACUCAAGGCAAAGAGUAAAGUUAGACCAACGACGCCAAAAGCAAAGACACCACCGAAAGGCAGGUCACCACCAGCACCAAAAGGUGGCAAGGGAGGCAAGACCAAGCCAUUCCCCAAGUCGUCGCCUUCACCGGCACUGGACGAGCCUUAUCCUCCAUUUGACGAGCAUAACGACGAUGAGCUAACUCCACCACUUCCAGUAGCUAACAAGGUAAAGGUGGACGGUAUGGUGAACCCGUUAAACAAAUCAGUCUCGUCAAUUGGCAAUUGACCAACGAAUGUUAGCCAGAACUGAGUAUAAGUAUAUAUGAGAAAGACGAUAAAGUAUAUGUACUAAGACUCUUAUUAUAAUUCAAUAAUAUUUAUCUAUUUAAUUGCUCAA